AUGAUGUGGGCGCCAGACCAGGGACUGCAACGAAGCCACACAGAGGGCAGGCAGGACACAGUAGGUGUAGCCGAUGCUGGCCCCGUCUUGUUGAGCAGGGCAGACAGCCCUACGGAUGUUUGUGCGAGGUGGGCCAUGCAGUCCACUAUACUCAAUGGUACGUUGUAUCUGUACGGGGGUGAGGCCAAGUCGGAUCUGGACCAGGAGAAUGGCACCUGGAACAACAACCUCCUCGCGCUCGACCUGACUUCGACCUGGGAUACCAGCUCGCCGUCUCUGACUGGUCUCCCCCAGCCGAGUGGACCGCCAGCUGUCGCACUCGGUGCGCUAUGGAAUGACUACAACAGCCUAUAUGUUUAUGGUGGGGAGUUCGCCGACAACCCCUUCCAAGAGCCGGCAGAAGUCUCCACCUGGCAGUACAGCAUCAGCACCGGCUCCUGGACCGAGCACUCGGAUCCACAGACCUCCUCGGGCAACAACUCGGCGUCCGAGGGCGUGCCCGUCCAGAGGGCGGCCGAAGGGGCCGCAGUCAGUGUUCCGGAGCUUGGGCUCAGCUGGUAUUUCGGAGGCCACCUGGACCUCUCCACCACGCCUGGGUGGAGCAUCCACACAGAGCGUGUCUAUCUGAAGAGUCUGCUCGAGUUCACCCACCCUGGAUACUCCAACGACGGUGUGUUCUCGCUGAGGGGCAGCGGCGCCCCAGCCUCGGGGACCUACAGGAACAUCACCGAAGGUGGCCUGCAGCUCAGCGAUACCUUCACAGAGCGGGCUGACGGUGUCUUGGUAUUCGUCCCCGGCUGGGGUGCUUCCGGGGUUCUGAUCGGCCUCGGGGGCGGAACGGCUGAAGACUUCGUGGACGACAUGUCCAUGCUAGAUGUCUAUGAUAUCGCAAACUCCAUCUGGUAUCAUCAACAAACCACAGGAACCCCUCCUGGAGUGCGUGUCAACCCGUGCGCGGUCGUCGCGACCGCACCGGAUGCGAGCAGCUUUCAAAUAUAUUUGUUCGGAGGGCAGAAUCUGCAACCCGCAGGCAACCAGAUCCAGUACGACGACAUGUACAUAUUGACCAUCCCCUCCUUCGUUUGGAUAGGGCCUGUCUCCCAAGGCGGCCCUGGCUCCAGUAUUCCCUACGCACGAGCUGGGCAUACCUGUGCCCUACGUGAUGGGCAGAUGAUCGUGGCGGGUGGGUUCAACACGACCGUGUCCAGCUGUGACAGCCCCGGCAUAUACGUCUUCAACGCCUCAUCCCUGGAGUGGGGCACUUCGUUCAAAGCGCUCGCGCCGUCCUCCGACGCUGAGUCGGCGGACAACAGCGUGUUGGCCGCUAGCUACGGCUAUGUGGUACCCGAAGAGGUCAUCAGCGUGGUUGGGGGUGGGCCAUCAGGAAGUGCAACGGUCACGCAGCCCGCAGCCAGUGCGACCGGUGGCCCUUUCGCCACAGGUAAACCACCAGUCUUCACAAUUACCGCCUCCGGGUCCACAGCGACCAUCACGUCGCCGCCAGGCUCGUCCGCCCCUGGUGACUCCCGCCCGGCGAAUCAGGGCGGCCUCAUCGCCGCCAUAGUCGUAGCGUGCCUCGCGGGUCUGGCCGCUGGAUACCUCGGAUACUGUGCGUGGCUUUACCGCAGGCAGGUGCGCGCGUAUAAGACGCACCUCGCUGUGCAGAACCGGUUUCCGGCACGGUCUGCGUCGCAUGGCUCGUUCUUCUUUGGCGCGUUCGGGCGCAGGAAGAGCAACGCUCGCGACAACAAGGAGGAGAAGGCAUGGCUCGCUGGCCACAGGCGCGAUGCCAGCAAUGCGAGCAGCAGUGGAGGCGAAGAGUCGUUUGCGUGGGUGGGUCGGGAAAACCUGCUUAACCCGAGCUCUAACUCGCACCAAAAUUCAAACAAGUUUACACCAACGAGCAGUGGUGCGAGGCCGAGCUAUGGAGACGAGUCAAAAGGAGGGCCGUCGCCAGGGUCCGGGACAUCUCCAGGGGAGGUCAGCGGCAGUAGCAGGCAGAGAAGAGACAGCACCAGUGGUGCGAGUACCAGUUCACUCGAGGGCCUGGAGCCGAGUUUCUUCAGUGUCGUCAUGGGCCCUAGGAGAGCGUUGCGGGUGGUUAAUGGGCUCGAAGAUGAUGCACACUAG